AUGUCGAACGGAAAGACACCCGCCGACGAGGACGAGAAGGGUCCACAGGGCAAGAUUGCGCCGUUCUGGGUCGAGAGCAACCCGCACAGGCCCGCGCAGAGCCAGCGAGCGACAAGCUCGGGCAACUCGUUCUUUGGCAGGAUUGGACUCGCUCAGCCCUCGUUGCGCAUAUCCACCAUCGAAGACGUCUUCUUCGUCCAUCCAGCCGCCGAAGGCGUUCCGACCGACUCUGAGCGACUGCGAGGCCACGUCUCUCUCUGGCUACCCAAGGCGCGGGCCAUCAAGGACCUCUCCGUCCGCUUCUUCGCGCGGUACGACAUCGCUUGGCCCGAUACGACGCCUUACGAGUCGGGCGUCUGUCUGGAGCGGACCGUGUCGCUCGUCCGUGACGGCGAGGAGAUGCAGCUCGACAAGGGCGAGCACACCUUCGAGUUCAUCGUGCACAUUCCGCCCAGCACGCCUCCUUACGAACGCUCCAUCUAUGGCCGCGUGCGAGCGGGAUGUCAAGCCGUCGCCCGCGGCCUCGGUCCACUAGGCAGCGACCUCCUCACUCCCGAACGGCGGAUCUACAUCUGCGUCAACCCGGGCCUCGAAGAACAGUCACGACCUCCGCCGCCUCUGAACAUGCGUAUGGUUGGCGAGACGGAAGAGUUCGGGCCCUACGCUUUCAAGUUCCAGAGCCAGUACGCGAUGGUUGGCGGACUUGUGCUGCUCAAGAUGCACUUCCUCGCACCGAACACCGAGCUGGUCGUCCAUGCGGUCAGAGUCAAGGUGUUGCAGACGUCCGAAUUGCAGUCGCCCUCGACCGGCCACUCCUGCACAACUAAACCUUUCGUCCAGCCCGUCUUCACCCUCGACGCGCUUCACCCACCAAACAACGCCUCCCUCACUCCCGCUCCUUCCUCCACUCCGAUCUCGCCGACACUCGCCUCUCCCUCUGCGCCCUCGUCCGCCCCGCUCUUCACCCUCACUCCCGGUACCGAGCACCGACUCCGACAUCUCGGCCGCCUCCCAAACGACAACGAGGUCCGCCCGACGACGCAAGAAGGGACAGACACGCCUAUCCGGAUGAGGCACGAUAUGCAAAUCGAGGUCGUCUGGACGCGAGGAGGUGCAGAAGGGGAGAGGAAGAAGACGAUCCUGACGCAGAAACUGAAUAUAUUCUCCUGCGCAUGCUUCUUCGACUCGCUCACCCUCCCGCUCUACUCUCCGACUGAUCCGAACCCAAUGACGGACAACACGAGGAUUCUGAUUCCUUGCGUUUGUGGGAUGCCCUUCCGGCGGCUGGUCGAGGAGCACGGCUCAUCGCUCGUCCGCCGACACGCCUUACGAACAGGCGAAGUAGCGCUCUCGGAGGACUCGGAGUCGGACGAAGAUGACGAGACAAGGGCGCGAAAUCGGCGACGGCGGGCGGAGGAGGGGAGGCCCAAGGUGGGAGAGUUGCGGUAG